AUGUUAAAGGAAGAUAGGAGUACCUUAUGCUUAAAAGGUAGUACCACAAGAGGUGGUGUUUGGAUGUGUGAAGCAUGUGAACAAGCUCCGGCCGCCUUCCUAUGCAAGGCGGAUGCAGCCUCGCUCUGUGCCACCUGUGAUGCCGUUAUCCAUUCCGCAAACCCUCUUGCCCGCCGCCACCAUCGCGUCCCAGUGAUGCCGAUUCCAUAUGGACAUCAAGAAACUGACCACCCAAGGUCUAUACUUGGCGUAGGAAUCGACUCUCAAGGUGGGUUUUUAUCCCAAGAAUCAGAAUGCACCAUAGAUGAUCAGGAUGAAAAUGAAGCAGCUUCGUGGCUAUUAUUCGAUGAUGAUCCUGCCAAGAACAGUAAAAACCAAAACCAAUAUGGUAACAGUAACAGUAACACCAAUGGGUUUUUGUUUAAUGGGGAUGAGUAUUUGGAUCUUGUUGAGUACAAUUCUUGUCAAGAAACUCAGUUCAGUGAUGAUCAUAAAUGCAAUGAUUUGCUAUUUGAUGAUCAAUAUAUGACUGAUGCUAUUGUUACUCAUAAAAUCCAGCAGAGAUGUGACACGGUGCCACGGCGGAGUUAUGGCGGUAGUGAUGCCGAUAGCGUGGUGCCGCUUCAGUAUGGUGAGGCAAAGAAACACCACCACCACGAUUUCCAACACCACAAGUUUCAGUUGGGGAUGGAAUAUGAGACCUCAAAUGGUGCUGGCAAUGGCUAUCCUGCUUCACUUUCUCACAGUGUUUCAGUGUCAUCAUUGGAUGUUGGAGUUGUACCAGAGUCCACAGUAACCGAGGUAUCAAUCUCGAAUGCGAGAACUCCGAAAGGGACAAUAGACCUAUUCUCGAAUCCUUCCGAUCAGAUGCCAACGCAACUUACUCCAAUAGACAGAAAGGCCAGAGUCCUCAGGUACAGGGAGAAGAAGAAAACAAGAAAAUUUGAGAAAACCAUCAGGUACGCGUCUCGGAAAGCAUAUGCCGAGAAAAGGCCAAGGAUCAAAGGCCGUUUUGCAAAAAGAACAAAUGAUGAUGUGGAGGUAGAGCAAUUGUUCUCGACGACACUAAUGACAGAAGGCGGAUACUGCAUCGUCCCUUCGUUUUAAAUUGAAGAAUGCUUUGAAAAAUAGUCUUACCAGUUAACUAGAAGAUGCAUAAUUUUCCUUAAUGUAACUGUUUGUUUCCAUUCAUGUUGUAAGGAUAUCAUAGUAAAUCUUGUAACUGUGCUUCUGUUUUCUAUAAAUGUAUGCAAUUUUUCCAA